AUGGAAUUGGGUAAUGAAGUAAAAGAAAAACUAAUAGAAUUAUAUGAAAAAUGCGCAACAAAAUUUGUUCUAACUAAAAUUAAAACUCGAGCAUUAGGAUGUCUAACAAAUGUAAUAACAGAUAAAAUAAAUCAGCAUAUAAAUGAUAAACUAAAGGCUGGAUUGGAGAAAUUUCAAAAAGAACGAAGCAAACAAUUAAAAAAAAUGCAAAAUAUAAUCUCUAAAAAAGAAACAAACAAUUCUCAAAAAAAAAAAAAAACAGCCGAAACAUCAAAAUUAGAUAUAAAAAAACUAAUAAGAGAUAAUUUUAAAAAAACUAAAUAG